UUUUUCCUCUUCAGACAGAGCUGGACGAUAGAAAGAAAAAUGGAGCGCUUUUGGCUCUGGAUGUUUUUUACACUGUUGCAAGUUUGUGUUUUGUGUUUGGUUCCCGGGUCAGAUCAACAGUGGAAGAAAAUUAGAGACAAGGUUUCUGACGUUGUUAAAGGGCACACUCCAUGCAACCCUGUCAACUGUAGCUGCCAUCUAAGUGUCCUACGAGAUGACUUGCGUCCCUUUAAAGGGAGAAUCUCCGAGGAUCUCAUGGCUGCGACGGUUCAGAGAGGGGUGGGCACCCACUACCAGAUCAUCGGACACAAGUUGUACAGGGAACACAACUGUAUGUUUCCUGCCAGAUGCAGUGGGGUGGAGCAUUUCAUCCUGGAUGUCAUUGACAGGUUACCUGACUUGGAGAUGGUGGUAAAUGUCAGGGAUUACCCUCAAGUCCCCAACUGGGUGCAGCCAACCCUGCCUGUCUUCUCUUUCAGUAAGACAGCAGACUACCAGGACAUCAUGUACCCUGCAUGGACGUUUUGGGAGGGAGGUCCUGCUGUGUGGCCCAUAUAUCCCACUGGACUGGGAAGAUGGGAUCUGAUGAGGGAUGACCUUAAAAAUUCUGCAGCACAGUGGCCAUGGAAGAAGAAGGAAUCCAAAGGAUUCUUCAGAGGCUCCAGAACCAGUCCAGAGCGCGACCCUCUGAUUCUUCUAUCCAGAGAAGCUCCAGAGCUGGUGGAUGCCGAGUACGCGAAAAACCAGGCCUGGAGGUCUGAGAAGGACACACUAGGGAGACCCCCGGCCAAAGAAAUCCCACUGGUUGAUCACUGCAAAUACAAAUAUUUAUUCAACUUCCGAGGUGUGGCAGCCAGCUUCCGCUUCAAACAUCUCUUCCUCUGUGGUUCCCUGGUGUUUCAUGUGGGAGAUGAAUGGCAGGAGUUUUUCUACCCUCAGCUCAAGCCCUGGGUCCACUACAUCCCAGUCAAGCAGGAUCUCUCGGAUGUCAGGGAACUACUACAGUUUGUCAAAGAAAAUGAUGCCAUUGCAGAGGAGAUUGCAACGAGGGGUAAGGAAUUCAUCCUUGACCACCUGCGGAUGCAAGAUGUUUCCUGCUACUGGGAGAGACUCCUCACUGAGUUCAGUCGUCUUCUCACCUACAAACCUAAAAGAAAGAACAACUUCAACCAGAUUGUCCACAGAUCCAGCAAGACGGAACUAUAAGAGUGAGACUCUGCAGGACCAGGGCAGCUGAAGUAAAACGCUAGAUAACGAAUGUAAUCACUGCACCACAACAAAUGAUUUCCUCACAAGCAACAUGAUGGCAUUCCAUAUUUUUGUCAAAAUCCCACCUAUAUUAGCUGAUCUAAAACUGUGCCCAGAUACUCACAUUUAUUUCUAGCUAGUCGGAGGUUUUAGUCUAAUGCGCGGAGCACGGUUGGACCAUGUGUCCUGACAGUUACAAGACACAUAGCUUAGUAUUACAGUCAUAGGUGUAGUUUAAUAUGUUUACUGUGGAUGCUGCCAUACCUUCAAGUGCCACAAGGGAGCCUAUAUGCCAAUUCCGAGUCCUUGAUCAUUUGCUGAUUUAACUUUAUUUUUAUGGCUGCUGUCUAUACUCACAAGCAAAGUCUAUCUAUGUGAGCAAAGUGAGUAUAAACUGGGAGUGUGGAGCUUAAAAGGUAUGUGAGUGUCUAAUGAAACAAACGGCAUUAAGGGAAGUGUAGGAUCCAGUGAUUUUGGAGAUUGACCCAUACUAUCGACUAAAAGCCGAUUUUGACCAUUCUUUUUUGCAAUCUCACGCAAGUCCCUAAACUUUAUGAAAGUGACAUACUAAAUAGCUGAAGUGGCCCUUUAACAUGCAAUGUAAAGAUUGUUUUGUAACAAUCAUCUGGCAGGGCUUCAGACAGAUUUUCAUGAGAAUUUUUUCUUUCAAAAUUGUAAUUAAGUGUUAACUUGGUUAUCCUUAGUGACCUGUAAAGACUGAGUGGAAGAAGUUCAGGUCCUUGCUCAAGAUAAAUCUGAAUUGAACCCUUGACCAUCUGACCUUUUUACUGCAGACCAACCACCCAAAUCUCAUGAAAAUAUUCCACAUCUAACUGUGGAGCACCUAAAACUCUAUUUGAAAAAAAUAGUAUAAUGUUGACUUUCAAACGCUGCUCAAAUAUCCACAAAGGAUGUACCAAUAGUAAUCCUUACGGAUACUAUGCUGUUACAUAUUUAAUGCAAUUACCUGGGGAAAUAUGGGGAACCCUGAUCUAAAAACAUAAACAGUAAAAUCAGAAAAGGUUACAUAGAAACAGGAGGAGGAGAGGGAAAUUGUCACACCACUACUACGUAUUAAAAGCCAUUCUAAACAAAUGGGUUUUAAGUUUGGACCUAAGAGCCACAUAUGUAAUAUGCGAAUAUCAGGGGGGAACUUGUUCCAGAGUCUCGGGUCAGCAACUGCAAAAGCCUGAUUACCCCAACGUUUAUACCUCGCCACUUCUAAAACCAGUUGAUUAAUAAAAGUCCUAUUACUUUAAGUGUAAUGGCAAAAAGUAAUAAAAGUACGUGGAAUCUGUUGUUGACGGGCAGCUUACACAUGAGCUUUGCUACACUCCCCUCUACUGGACAACAGAGGAAACUAGCAGUCCUUUACCAAGCAUCAUUACAGCAACAUAUCCAUGUGUCAUUUGAUGUACUUGUUUAUUGCAACAAUGAUGCCAAUGUCAGCAUUUGCUUGAGUCUGCCAUAAGUUUGUAACUUAAAAAAAGCAAAAAAUACAUAUUCACAAUCCACAUUUCAUUCCACACUAAGUGCCAACACUGUCAAUAAUGUCAUUGGAGUAAGUAGUUAUAUUUUGAAGCAUGGAGUUUCCCAGUUUCAUAUUAGUUUUACGUUUUUAAAAGAAUGGAUCUUGGUGUUACAAGAUGAUAGUUCAUACAGAAAAUGUUGACCAUGUUGUAGCUAGUAUUCACAUUGUACUGUGAAGCAGAUUCUCAUAAACUUAAGGUUAUUUUUUCACUAUUGUUAAAAAGUAAGGUAAAGAUGGUCUGUUAAUUUAGAUUUGAAUAAAAAGCUGUGACGGUGGGCCUGGUCAAAGUAUGACAGGCAGUUUGUUAUCGCCUUGGCAGCAUUAUUGUUUUUUGUGUGCAAAUAAACUGUUUGGUUUCUAAAAUAGUGCACACGCAGGACAGUGUUCAGACCUCCACCGAAGGGAGCGCUGUUUUCCCAUUUGGUCUGUGACUCAGUACUCUGGCAGAGGUCAGAGGUCGGAACAACACCGGCAGCGUGUGUGAAAGUCACUUUUCAGAAACAAACAGCAGAAGGACAAUUAUG